GUGCCCCAGCGUUCAUCUCUAUUUUUUUUUUGUUGUAGCCGUUGACCAGCACUGCUAUCUAUCUAUAAACAUCGCAGCUGUGAAAAAUAUUUAUAAAAAAGUGAAAUAAAUAAUUUUUAUUCAUUUUACUAGCUUUAUAAGAACGGCAGCAAGAUGGGCAAGGGAUUCAACAACUACAUGUGCAAGAAAUUCUUUCACCCCGCCUCCAGGGACAAUCUGAAAAGGGUAUGGAUGGCAGAGCAGCAGGCGGAGGCGUACAAAAAGAAGCAGGAGGAGCUGCGAAAUCAGUAUGAAAAGGAACAGAAUCUGCACGAGAACAAGGCGAUGCUGAGCAAGGACAGCAAGGAUAAGCUGAGUGUUAACUUCAUGUACGAGCCACCUCCAGGAGUGCGAAAAGAACGUGAAAAGGACGACAACGAGCCUGAGUACAAGUUUGAGUGGCAGCGAAAAUACAAUGCUCCCCGAGAGUCAUAUUGCAAGGGUGACACAGAGAUCCGGGACCAGCCCUUCGGUAUCCAAGUGCGCAAUGUUCGUUGCUUGAAGUGCCACAAGUGGGGCCACAUCAACACAGACAAAGAGUGCAGUAUGUACAGCAUCUCGAUGAGCGCUAGAAAAUUACACGCAGAGAGCGAGGCCACCGAUAUAAUGUCCAAGAACGUCCUUGAAGCAAUGAAAGAGGACGGUUUCAUGAUGAAGCGAUCGGCAAGACUGCAGAGCAUUCACGCUAUCCGCCAGCAGCAUCAACUAGUGCCCAGCGAUGGCGAAGAGGAGGCAGCCAGCUCUCAACCACAGAACCCAGAGCUUCUCUUUCUUAAGUCACUUUCGAAGAAGCAAAAAUUAAAGCUCCUGAAAAAGCUGGAGAAGAUUGAGCGCAUGAAGCGUAAGGGCGACCAAGCCAUCAAGAAAUCUUCAAAGAAAAAGGCCAAAAAGCAUAAAGAUGAGAAGGGGAAAAAACGAAAAUCUAAGAGUGAAAAAUCAGGAAAAAAGGAGCGGAAAUCUUCAGGGGACAGUAGCUCGUCUUCAUCGUCCUCAUCCUCGGAUAGUGAAGACAAUGGCAGAAGUAAUCACAAAGAUGACAAGAGAAGCGGUCAACAUAGAUCCAGGGAUGCUGAGGACCGUCACCACCGACGAAGGGAUGAGCAAAGGAAUCGCAGGGAUCGUUCUCGGUCCAGAGAACGCUCUCGUUCCGUCAGCAGAGAUAGGAGAAGGGAGAGAGACGCCGGAAUUAUCAUGCCAGGCGAUGAGACUUUCCUCGUGAAAUCAAUCCACCAAUAAACUAAUUAAUCAUUUUUUAUAUCCUCUUCAAAA